UUCGCUAGUUCUGGCAGCCCUUUUUGGGAUCCAUUUAGCCUAUAUCUCGAGCAGCAGUAAUCAGUCAAAUCUUUUCCCAUACAAAGAACAUAUAAACGAAAGCUUCAUCAAUGCACUUCUUAGCGACGAUAUCAACGGUGAUGAUGUAAAUUCAAUUAAAUCUCAAGCAAUGCCAAUGUGUCAUCAACCGACUUCAUAAGGCAACUGCAUGGUCCUACAUACCGCCAUCUCUCAGUCGAUAAUUCAAGUGAAGGAAAAUAUAUGUGGCCAGAUGAUCCAUUAUGUUCCCAGCUUACAGUAAGGUUCGGAAAGAACAUAAACGGAACAUGGCUGCUGAGUUUUCCCCGUUCAGGAAACACCUGGACCAGGUACUUGAUUGAAUCAGCCUCUGGAUUCUUCACUGGAUCCAUCUAUAACGCAAGAUUUCCAAAAACAUUAGGCUUCCUGGGCGAAGGCGAUCCAAUUUGGCGAAACAGGACGAUUUUGACCAAAACUCACAGGGUACAGCCAUCGAUGGGGACCGGCAGACCUGUAGUGAUGAUCAUUCGGAACCCGGCCAGAUCAAUUGUGUCUUACUGGAAUUACCGGGGAUUCAAGAAUGAAACCAGAAGAUGGACGGAGUCGGUUGGCAAAGCGUCCUAUGCAACUGCAGGUUUUCAUCGCUUUGUUACGGAAAAAUUGGGCAAAUGGAGAUCAAUAUACAAAUACGCUUUGAAUAAUUCCAAGAGACUUCACGUGGUCUUCUACGAAAAAUUAAGAGAAAAUCCUUUGAGAGAGAUUCGUGAUGUCCUUCGGUUCCUGCAGGUGAGACCCCAAAAGGAGAGGUUCCUCUGUCUCUCGAGACAUUUGGAGGGCAACGCUAAGGGAUCCCAGAGGCAUGAAGACCCUUAUUCCUUAGGGGAGAAGAAGGCCCUUGCGAGUGCUCUCGAGGAAAUCAAUUCCCUCCUCACUUCAAGGAAGUUUCCUCCAUUACCUGACUAUCAUAAAUAUGACUCGUAAUAUGAAGAUAUGAACCGUGGCGUGAAGAUAUGUCACAUAACGUGAAACUAGGCUAAGGCCAUGUAAAGGGAAAAUAUACUAAGGUAUCAACGAGUACCAGAUAUACGUAAGUAAAAGGGCUUUUUGCCUUUGCUUGGUUGUCGAAAAUAUGACUCCCAAUGUACAUGUACGGUGCCUGUUGUCACUUGAUUUACAGAUAAGGCACUCAUUAUGAAAAAUAUAAUCCUUGCCUAAUAUGAUACUUUUGGCAAAAUUCAAACAAAAUUAAAAAGAUAUGAAGAAUUUUGUUUCAAAACAAUGAUUAACAUACUUAUGCUAGACGGUUUAUCCGUACGUGAUAUGAAAACAUGUGAUUAACAUCUGUAAGGAAGAGUGUUUUGUUAUUAGGUGACCUUCAGAAAUAUUCUAGUGUCAAAACAUGAUACUUUAUCUCAAACGACACCCAAACUUGUAGCAACCGUGGACUAGAAUACCAGAAUGCCUAUGCAAAAGUGUUUCCGCCCUUUCCUGACGUAGUCUGAAAAAAAUUAGUGACUAUAUUUGUACGUUCUAGAGUAGUUUUACCAAAUAUGAUUGUUUAUGCAACUGAGUAUAAUGAUAAUAUUAUUCUUUUAAUAUAAAAAGAUUUUUGAUGAAGAGUUUGUUAAUUUCAUCCCGCUGGAAAUGUGAUGGAAAUAAAAUAAGUACUGUUGUCCGAAAGCUAGACAUAUAUAUAAGUAGAUUCAUUUCUGAGCGUUUGUUCCACUUGAAUUUUGUGAACAGAAUUAUCUUGUCUGUUAAAUGAGGAAAACAUCUGCUGUCUUCGAUUGCUUCCAAGGUAUUGAAAGUAUUAUUACAGAACAUAGCAAAUGUCUGACAUUAUAAAGAAUAACAAUUUUUUUUUUAAGAUUCCUUGACAGAUCUCAUAAUAAUGUAACCCAAGAAAUAUCCUUGCAGUAUUUCUAGCUGACUAUGAGUUACAUAACUUCAUUACAUUACAGCAGUGAGAUUUGUAUACAUAAAAUAUUCAUAAUUUAAUAUUUUAUAUAAUCUCGGAGUUUUAUGUUUGCUAGUCAAUGCAUCAAACAUUCAGUUUUCUUAAGUUGUUUGUUGGAAAAACCCUAGGUUGCAAGUAAAUCAUUGAUCGAGGGAAUUCCUUUGUGUCGAAGAAUUACGUCAGCUAUUAUUUUUUCACCUGGCUGUAGAGAGAUGAGAUACCCCUUAAAAUUAAAUGCGUUAUUCAAUAACUACGAGAAGAUUGAUCGAGGGAAUUCCUUUGUGUCGAAGAAUUAUGUCAGCUUUUAUUUUUCAUCUGGCUGUAUAGAGAUGAGAUUUCCCUUAAAAUUAAAUGCGGUAUUCAAUAACUACGAGAAGAUUGAAAUAAGAUCUAUUUACUUCAGAAAAAUGCUAAAACAAAAAGUGCUAACAAAUAUUCCACCAGGGAAGAAAUAAAUCUGUCAUAACAUUUACAAGUGAACACAACUUCAGAAACAUACGAGGCAGAAUACGUAUAAUGAAAUCUCCCUCCGUUUCUCCUCAUUCCUUGUUAUGUGAGUGAAAGGGAGAAGCAAAUAAAGUUUGUGAUAUGAACUUUCCCAAAAGCUGUCUGUGAUUUUUUCAAUUCCUGAGAAAUGUAGAUCUCUCGCGGAACUCUUUGUGCCUGCCUAAGGGACUGGACCUCGGUUAAAAGUGAAUAUUAUUGGAAAUAUUAAAACGUGUUUUAGCUGAAAAGAUUUAUUCAUUAUUUAACUAAAAAAAAAAGUUAUUGCAUCGUGUACCAAAUUCCCACAAAACCUAUUUCAAACUGUUUUAUGUGGAAAGAAUAAAACUUUAUUAACUUAGAAAAUAAAAUCCCUUUGCCUAGAUCUGAAUGUUUUUAUAUUAACAAUAUAUUCAUUACGUGUCCUUAAUUGUUAAUGAAAGUUCGUAGAAAUUAUAUUCUGAAUAUCAUAGCUUAUAUAAUGAGCGUUUAUGCUUGAUUUUACUUUAUGUGUAAAACCUGCAGUGUCUACAUUACUACUAUAUUUAACAGGAAGCUCCUUGAAAAUAUGGGCGUUUGUUCUGACUUACAGCUGGCUUCUUGUGACUCUCUGUAACUCACUAUGACUCACUGUAACUCAUCGCCCUUCACAUCAGACUACUAAGUUAAUAGGCCCAGCCUGAUGUAGCAGACCACGUAUACGCACAUCAGGUGUACGUAGAAAUGAAUUACUGCCCUGACUAGAUCAUGCUAAAUGACUGGGUUUGUAAGAGCGGCCAUAAUAUAUAUUUUCUUGUAAUUGCCAAGAGAGCGUUUUACGUAGUUUCCGUAUGAUUCAAGCUUUAAAUAACAACGACAUAAGGAACGUUUAUGAGACAUAUCGGAUUGAGUGAUUUUUGUUGAUUGUGAGAGCAAUAAUCUUAUGCAUUGAACAAGCGUUUUGUAGACACUGAGUCAGUGACAAAUAAAUAUAACAUGGAUGUGAAUGGUUUAUAUGUUGUUCGUUUUACUGAUAUCCUUCACUGCAAGACUUUCUGAGGCAAAGAAAUUAAAAAAUAUGGAGAUCUAAGGACAGAAAAGAUUGUAUCGAGUCUCCCAAGAAGACAGGAAAUACAAAGCUGAGGAACAGAUGCAAGAAAUUAGCUGGUCAUUUUUAUUUCAGCUGACGCAAACCGAUUGACAGUCAAAAAAACUUUCCAUUCAUCUCAAAAGAGAAGUUUUUGUUCAACUUGGAAUUAAAGAUAUGCAAUUCAUCACGUCGGGAAAAAAGUUUUUAUGCUUCAAAACUUGAUCAACUGUUUCCAUUAGAAUUUACUUGGUGUCAUACGAACCUUACAUUUUUGAGGGGAAAAAUUCUUUUCUUUGAGAAAAAAAUUCCUUUUCACUCAUAAUACGACUCUUGAAAACAAUAUAGAGACAUUUUCAAUACGCGAAAAGGAAUGUUUGUUAACUAUAUAUCUUUCCUACAUAAUCUCACCCAGUUCCACAUUCCGAUUCCUGUCCUUCAUCUUUUUCUGGACAUAUUAUCUUUCUGUCCAACCCCUCAUACUCCCUCUUUCACUGUCUUAAUCUCUUAAUGGUGGAAAGUGCCCCAGUGCUUGACUUGUCAGCCUAGUUUUAAUCAAUCAUAAUCCAUAUUAUAUAUACGCAUUUCUUCCCGUUAGUAAUCACAUAUUUUUUCAUUUAGACACCAAUUUUAUACUGGUCCGCUGGUAUAGUGGUUAGUGUCGUGGAAUGCCACUCAGAUGUCGCGGAUUCGCGUCCCCUCCAGGUCAAUGAAUUCUUUGGAAGAUUGAAUUUUAAGUCAAUGGCUCCUGUGUUCUUACUUCAUGUGAAUAGAUUUCAUCUACUGAAAUAAUAUAAUAUAAUGAUAUUAUUAGGCUUAGCAAAAAAAUGACAAAAAUACUAUAUCUCGAGAAGAAAGUCGGUCGAGAAAUGAACAUCACCUUUAGAUUCAUUGCAGUUCCUGCAAUUGCGGAGCUGCUGUAAUUGAGGACCAAACUUCCGCAAAAUUACUCCCAAAAACUUGGGGAAUUCGUUCGAUUUUUGCAUCGGAAGAACUUGCAAAUUACUUUACCGAAACAGGAAGCUUCGAACUACUAAGACACGUGGCUUGUUUUUCUAUUUCUUCGUUAAACCGAGUGUUUUGCCUGUUCUUCAUCUAUAAAUUAUUAAUCAACUAGCAUGUAUAAUAGA